AUGGCGGCCUGGACGUGUUGCCGGGUGGCCGCCGUGUCCUGCUUGGUUCUCUGCGUCUCCCUCCUCCUGCCUCGCACCUUCCUGCCCCGGGCCGGCGGCAGGCAGGAGCCCGGCGCGGCGCCGCCCGAGGGGAAGCUCGGUCGCUUUCCACCGAGGAUGCAUUCCCACACCGCUCCUGAUGGCCGAGCUGUCCCUCAUUUUCCAAGGUCUCACCUUACUGAAGCAGUUGCCAAAGCCAAGGCAGGUGGAGGUGGUAGUGGAAGCACUGGUGGAAAUGGAAGAGGUCUUGUGGGACAGAUUAUCCCUAUAUAUGGAUUCGGCAUCUUCUUAUAUAUUCUGUACAUUUUAUUUAAGCUGGCUUCCAAGGGAAGAACUACUCCUGCAGAACGGAAAUGCCCCACUGCUACACCUGGGAACAUGAAGAGGAAAAUCACUGACUAUGAGCUCACUCAGCUCCAGGAAAGACUGAGAGAGACAGAAGAAGCGAUGGAAAAAUUAAUCAACAGAGUAGGACCUAUGCAUGACAGCAGGACUCAAAAUGUUACAACAGACCAGGAAAAAAUGUUACUUCAACAACUCCGAGAAAUUACUAGAGUUAUGAAAGAAGGAAAAUUCAUAGAUGACAUCUCUCCUGAGAAGGAAGCUGAGGAAGCUCCUUACAUGGCAGAUUGGGAAGGUUAUCCAGAAGAGACCUAUCCUGUCUACGAUAAUUCCGAUUGCUUCAAACGCAAACAGGACACAAUCCUUGUAGAUUACCCUGACCUGAGCCAGCCCUCUCCAGAAGAGCUGGCAGAAAGAAUGGAGGGCAUGGAAGAUGAGGAGUAUCCUUAUGAUGAAACCCUGCUAAGUGAUCUCACCACAGGAAUGGGUGGUCAGGAUUUAAUGCAGAAACAGGAUGAUGUAAUCCUUGCCACAGAGGAGAAAAGUGACCUUCCUCCCAGCCAGAGCACUGGGGAGUGCUGCUGUUGCUGUGAUGAUGAUCCUGCUGUCAUAGCAGAGAAUGCUGGAUUCCACUCUGAGAGCUGCAGUGAAGUAGAAGAGACCAGCCAAGAGGACCUGUCUGUGGAGUCAGAAAAUGAAAAUGCAGCACUGGAAAAGCAAAAAGUCAGUGAUUUAGAGGAGACAGCCACACUGAGAAAGCGCAACACCAAAGUCCUUGAUUGA